CUACUCAACGACUCCUCUCUCUCUCUCUGUCCCAGUAGAGAGUCCCUCAAAACCCAAAAAAUCACCAAUUAAAGCCUUUUCAGAAAAAAAAAAAAAUUAGCAAAGAAAAGUUAGGGUUUCAUUUUCUUUAAUCCGUUAAAUUUUUUUUCCAUGAUAUGCCCGCUGUUGAAUCGUGACCUAGGGUUUGUUUGCAGAUCAGUUUUGGGCUUCCUUGACAGGUCGAUUGCCGGAGCCAUGGGUUGCUUCAUUGCUUGCUUUAGGGUCAGGGACGAUCGCCACCAUCGCCAGAGGUCACAGCCUCACCUCGUUUCUGAAUCUUCUAAUCCAAAGCUUACGGAGGUUGUAAUAUCUCAAAAUCGUCUUUCGUCUCUGUUUAUUUCCGAAGAUAAACAAGAUUCUCCUUGUAAGAAUAGUGGAGGUGCUGGUGCUGGUACUCCAGAAAUUGAUAAGGAGCUUAAGGACGAGGCCAGGUUUCUUAAAGCCUGUGGUACCUUAGCAGAGACUCCUAUUGAAAUUCGCAAAGCUUCUUCUAAGUGGAACAGCUCACCUCUUCAUGAUGGAGAUUCAGAGACUUCAAAAUUCCAUUCGUGGCUUCCCAAUACAUCCAUUAAGAAACUUCAGUUGGAAAACCAAAUUGACCAACCCUCUACUCCAACAAAACUCUCCGAAGAGAGGCCUCACGUCUCAGGUUCUUUAGAGUAUACCCCUGGCAGUAGUUGUGUAUCAAAUGUUCAGAACUCGGGAAGAGUCUCUGUUGGCUCUACUGAAGGCAGUGGUGCAGGUGGCAGUUACUCAGCAGCUACGAGUCAUGCUUAUCCGACUGAAUAUGUUACAACUUUAGAAACACCUCAACUUUCAGCCACAAAUGCUCCAUGCAGGAACAAAUCUGUGCGAUUUGAAUGUGAUUCAGAUUUAUCCUCCUUUGGGGGUUCGUCAUCUGAAAAUGGUAGCCAGAAUUUAAAGAGAGCUGAAUCACCAGGUAAUCAGAGCAUAUCAAAACGUUCACCCUAUCCAACCCCACAUAAGAUUUCUGAUGAAAUGCAAACGCCUGGAACUGUUUUCCCCUCAAACUUGGAUACUUUUCCAAAUGGGAAGAUUCGAGUUAGGUCGCAAUAUGUAUAUCCAGUUUUGAACCCAGUUGAAAGUGUCUCACAGUGGAAUGUGCUGAAGGAAGAAGAUCCUAACUUUGACCAAAUUUCAGGUGAGUCAAGAAAAUCUCUUGAUCAGCCUGAAAGUGCAACGCCUAUGUCGAAAGAGACAAUCGGAGAAACUUUGUCAGAGGAGUUAAAUGUUGAAGCUAGUUUGUCUACCUGGUUGAAGCCAAUACCAUCGAUUAAGGACGGCAAUAAUAAGAACUUUGUUGGUGUUUCUGGCCCUGGCCGUCCUCGAGUGGCUAGAACCCCUAUGGACAGACCUAUUAUUGGGAUGGUUGCUGCUCAUUGGAAUGAGGAUGAUCCCUCUCGUAUCUCACCCAAGUGGUGGGAUGGGAAUGGAAUUCCAAAUUCAACCAAUAAGUACAAGGAGGAUCAGAAGGUCAGUUGGCAUGCAACACCUUUUGAGGAGAGGUUAGAAAAGGCAUUGUCUGAAGAAAGUUUCAUCUCCCAGAGGCAGCCAAUUCAAGGAAAGCCUAUAAAUUUUGAUGAGAAUGAUGAAAAUGAUACGGCCCUUUCUCAGUUGCAAUCUUCACCCCAUCCGAAAUCUCUUGUUUCGUUCUGAUGAGUUUGCAUUGUAUUGCCAGUUUAUUGUUACAUCUGAUAUUUUGUUGAUGUAGUUGAACUUCACAAAUAUCAAAAUCUCAUGGAUUGCAUCAAGCCAUUAAGAUUUGAUUGGAAAAUUCCGUUUUCUGUGUGUACAUAAACAAUGAAAGCCCCCCCAUAUCUAAGGUUUUGGUUUGGCUAA